AUGAACAUUGAGAUAUUUAUUUACAAAGAAGCAUCAAUUUCAUUCAGUACUGGUCAUCACUUGAAAAACACAACAAAGAUAAUCAUCAUCUACUUCGUUCCUUCGUCUUCGUCUUCUUCUCCUACUACUACUACUACUACUACCACUACUACUACUACUACUACUACUACUACUACUACUACUACUACUACUACCACUACUACUACUACUACUACUACUACUACUACUACUACCACUACUACUACUACUACUACUACUACUACUACUACUACUACUACUACUACUACUACUACUACCACUACUACUACUACUACUACUACUACUACUACUACUACUACCACUACUACUACUACUACUACUACUACUACUACCACUACUACUACUACUACUACUACUACUACUACUACUACCACUACUACUACUACUACUACUACUACUACUACUACUACUACUACUACUACUACUACUACUACUACUACUACUACUACUACUACUACUACUACUACUACUACCAGAAUGUGUUAG